UUUGUGUGUUAUUUACUCGUAAAGUUAGUAACUCUAGCAAGUUAUACAAUCGUUUUCUCUGUCGUUGGUUUAACGUAUAAAUAAUAAUAUAGCCAGGCAUACAGUUUUCAUCUACGUUAGAUAAUAACCCGGGUGGAAACAGAUAUGAUAUUUGGAAUGUAUACACAUAUUGUUAUUGUCACGUGUUUUACAAGCACGUGCUUAAGUUUGUCGUCAGAUUGUAAAUACCUGCCUGAAUUGGAUAUGCUCACAUGCGACAACACGGUUCCGUUCACAGUGCCACCAGAUGUAAAGGAAGUACAAAUAACUAUUGACAAAUCCAUAAGAUUUGAAGACAAGAUGUUCGCUGAUAAAAGCUGGGAGAAUAUAAGUGUGUUAGAAAUAACUGCACAAAACAAUGUACAAUAUGAAAAUUUUAACAUAUCGUUUUUACGUGGAUGUUUCAAAUCCUUAUCUAACCUUACAGAACUUCGUUUCCACGGCAACAGAAUAACAUCUUUUAGUGUAAAUACUCUAGCAAGCAAUGUACAUUUAAAAUUGCUAGAAUUUUCGUCGUGUCGAAUGAUGAAUAUUGAAGAUUUCCUGGACUCCUCUUUAAGCGUAGACAUAACGAUAGAUAAACUAACACUGAGUCAUGUCUCCGACAAAAGUAUUGAUGAAUGUAAAAUUGAUGACAAGUUUGUCCAGAUGAUAAAAAAAUACGGUGUUAUGUAUUUAAAUCUAAGCAACUCUAACGUUGUUCUUCAAAGCAUCCUAGAUUUGCCUGAACGUCCUAACCGUUUGAGAAGCGUCGACCUUUCAGACGUGUACUAUAGUGUCAGUGGUAAGAAUAUGGGUUGGCGCAGUAUUUAUGAAACAUAUGAUAAACUCUCGGAUGGUCUCAUUUCUUUAAAUAUUUCUGAAUUUCCGCUUGAUCGCUACUUCAAAACAGCAAAUAUAUUCGAAGCAAGAAAUGUUUCUCAUUGCGCUGAACUAAACUACCAGUUUAUCAAAUUAUUUUUUAAAAUUGAACACCUGUGUGCCGAUGCAAUUUUUAGAGAAAACACAGUAAGUAUAAAAAACAUUUUCAUAAACAUUUCAACGUGUUCGGUGAAGUUGAAAACACUUCAGUUUAGACGAAACCGUCUGAAAUAUUUUAAUAUAACACUUUACUUACCUAAAUAUAACAACAUUACCGAGGUUGAUAUAUCAUUUAACGAAAUUAUAUAUUUUUCUCCAUAUGCACUCAAUACUGCAACAUCUUUGUUGACUCUGAAUCUAAACAAUAACAAGUUGGGACAAAUGGAAAAUCUACCCGAAUUUGGCGAACUACUCCGUGAUUUAGACUCGUUGAAAUAUUUUAGUAUUGCUGGAAACAGAAUUUCAAAUUUACCUUACGACUUUUUCAGAGAUAACGCGUAUUUACAAGUCCUAGACUUGUCGGAAAAUAUAUUUGAGACAAUUACAUUCAGAGUAACUAAUUUGAAUUAUUUACUUGUGAUAAAUUUAAGUUUGAAUCGUAUACAUUACCUUGAGGGAAAAUCACUUGAAAAUGUUCAAGUAUAUUUAACAAGGAAUAAUGAAAACAAAGUUAUUCUAGAUUUUUCCGGAAACCCAAUUGAAUGUAGUUGUAAAGGUGUUAAUUUUAUAGAAUGGAUAAUAUCUGACUUACAACCGCACUUGAAACAUAGGUACACGUGUGACAUGGAAGGUGAGGAAAUUGAAAUCGGUGACUUUUCCUUGCAACAUUCGAAAUAUCUAUGUUACCGCACCGGUAUUUUUGUGGCUGUUUCUAUUUUUGCUGUGGUCAUAUUGUCAGGCUUUCUUUUGCUGAUGAAGUAUUUGUCUAGAAGGAAAAACAUGCGAAGAGAAAAAAAUGCUCAGAUGUUUUUUCUUAAGCAAUUUUUAAAGGGAAUAUUGCAGGAGCAAUAUCUUUGUCAGAUCUCAUAUGCAAGCGAAGAUGAAAUAUGUGUUUUAGACACGAUAAAUCCUAAUUUGAAACGCGCUUUUAACAAUUAUGCUGCAAUUGAGCGUGAUUGUAUUUGUCUUGGAGACACGCAUUUCAAUUUGGGCCGUCCUAUUGUUAACGAAAUCCUACGGUGUAUUUCCAAGUCAUGUGUUAUGAUAUAUGUGGUCUCUAACUAUUUCUGUCAGAGUCAGUGGUGUGAAAUGGAAUUGCGGGAAGCAUAUGAAAUCAACAAACCAAUUAUAUUGAUUUUGAAAGAGGAAGUACCAGAAAAUAAAAUGUCACCCCUGUUGGCGGCUAUAUUUAACCGGUAUACCAGAGCAAAACUUGUUAUCAAAGGUGGACAAUAUGAGCUCAUUCCGGACUGGAAAUCUCUAUGUGAGUCAAUUAUCAAGUUAGCUGCAAACAGUUAUAUUGUCAAAGUAGAUAAUCACAAGAGAAAGAAGAACACAAAGCAAGAUGACACAACCAAUAUUUAAAUGUCAUUUACAUUGUUUUGUGUAAAUGCAUUUCAUUCAUGCAUAUGCUGUAUUUUUCGUACUGAAAUACAGUAGAAUUAGAUGUAGUGAUAAUUUAGAAGAAUGAAAAAUUUGAAAAUAGAGUAAGCUUUGAAGUAUUUCCGAUAUUUGAUUCACGUUUCAAUGUACGUAACUUUUCGAGAAUGAGUAGACUUUGUCUCUAGCUUUUAUAUAUACUAUAAAUAAACACAAUCA